AUGACUCCCUUCUCUGGAAAUCAUACGUCUGGUUCACGUAAAUCUCCCGCCACUUACAGCCAUCGCCCAGGUCUCGCUAGGGGUGACUUAUCCCACUCUACGCCUAGCAGUGACAGCGAAACCGAUAGUGAUAGAAUCAGCAAGCUCAGCAGGGGUGUACGGAAUCACGGACCCCUCACACAAAAAGCCACCGAGGCAGUUCGCGGCCGACACCAAGGGAAGGCGCCAAGGAAGCCCCUGCAAAAACAUGGUCCCUUGAUCAUACCUUUUGCGAAGCCUGCGGUGAUCAAAUUCAAGCCAAGGCCUUUUCCGACCAGCACCUGGGUACCAAAUUCUGCAAAGCACGCUCCUGUAAUGAUCUUGGUAGCAGUUCUGGGUCUACCUCAGCAGCCCCAUAUGAACCGCUUCAAGACCUUUCAGACCAUAUGGAUGCAGUCAUUAAAUCUGUAG